AUGGCUGUUUCGUCGCGUGAUGAGUUUGUGUACAUGGCGAAGCUCGCGGAGCAGGCGGAGAGGUACGAAGAGAUGGUGGAAUUCAUGGAGAAGGUCUCCGCCGCCACAGAUGGUAAUGAGCUCACCGUCGAGGAGCGAAACCUUCUCUCCGUCGCCUACAAGAACGUAAUCGGCGCUCGCCGUGCCUCCUGGAGGAUCAUCUCUUCGAUCGAGCAGAAGGAGGAGAGCCGCGGCCACGCUGACCGCGUCAGCACGAUCCGUGACUACAAGGCUAAGAUCGAGACGGAGCUAUCGGGAAUCUGCGACGGAAUCCUCAAGCUGCUCGAGUCCACGCUCAUCCCUUCCGCUGCUUCCGAGGAUUCCAAGGUUUUCUACCUCAAGAUGAAGGGCGAUUACUACAGGUACUUGGCCGAGUUUAAGGUCGGCCCUGAGAGAGAUUCCGCCGCCGAUAGCACCCUCUCCGCCUACGAAUCUGCUCAGGUUUGUGUUCAUAUUCCCAGUCUUUCUGAUCUCAAGCUUCCCAUUUCCAGAUCUAGUCGAUUUGUUGCUUCUUUACAUGAUUCUUUGGAUGCUAAGCAAUUGAUUAAUUGGAUCCCUCAUGCGUUGGUUUCAAUAGCCUUGAUUACUUGUCUCGAAGACAAUGCCAAGGGACUCGCUCCAACUCACCCAAUCCGUCUUGGUCUUGCAUUGAACUUCUCUGUGUUCUACUACGAGAUUCUCAAUUCUCCUGAUCGUGCUUGCAACCUUGCCAAAACGGCUUUUGAUGCUGCCAUUGCUGAGUUAGACACACUAGGUGAAGAGUCCUACAAGGAUAGCACUUUGAUCAUGCAGCUUCUACGUGACAACCUCACUCUCUGGACAUCUGACAUGCAGGAUGAAUCUGCUGAUGAGAUCAAGGAAGCAGCACCUUCAAAGCCAGCAGAGGAGCAAAAAUGA